AAUGGACAAGUACCAGGAGCAGCCUCAUCUGUUGGACCCUCACCUUGAAUGGAUGGUGAACUUGUUGUUGGAUGUAGUGCAAGAUAAGACAUCUCCAGCUGACCUCAUACAUCUGAGCUUUAAAUUUCUUUAUAUCAUCACCAAGGUUCGAGGAUAUAAAACAUUUCUUCGUUUAUUUCCGCACGAAGUAGCUGAUGUACAGCCUGUUUUAGAUAUGCUUACAAAUCAGAAUCCUAGAGACCAUGAGACUUGGGAGACUCGUUACAUGCUUCUACUGUGGCUCUCCGUGACCUGCCUAAUCCCUUUUGAUUUUUCACGCCUUGAUGGGAACCUCCUCACUCAACCUGGGCAAACGCGAAUGUCCACAAUGGACCGUAUUCUCCAAAUAGCAGAGACCUACUUGGUUGUCAGCGACAAGGCCCGAGAUGCAGCUGCCGUCCUAGUGUCCAAGUUUGUUACACGGCCUGAUGUCAAGCAGAAGAAGAUGGCAGGUUUUCUGGACUGGAGCCUGCACACCUUGGCCCGUUCCUCCUUCCAGACCAUCGAGGGGGUCAUUGCCAUGGACGGCACACUGCAGGCCCUGGCACAAGUAUUUAAGCAUGGAAACCGUGAGGACUGUUUACCCUAUGCUGCCUCUGUUCUCGAGCGCCUGGCGGGGUGCAGGCUCCCUCGCAGCAACCAGACCCUGCUCCGGAAACUGGGAGUGAAGCUCGUCCAGAGGCUGGGACUGACCUUCCUGAAGCCCCGGCUGGCGGAGUGGAGGUACCAGCGUGGCUGCCGCUCCCUGGCUGCUAACCUGCAGCUCUGUCCCCGGAGUCAGCAGGAGCUGAAAAUGCACUCGGAGACUCCCGCCAGCGACGGAGACUAUGAUGUCCCUGAGGAGGUGGAGAGCGUGAUAGAGCAGCUGCUGGUCGGGCUGAAGGACCAGGACACGAUUGUGCGGUGGUCUGCAGCCAAAGGAAUUGGUCGGAUGGCUGCAAGGCUUCCCAAAGAGCUGGCGGAUGACGUGGUCGGGUCCGUGUUGGAUUGUUUCAGUUUUCAGGAGACGGACAACGCCUGGCACGGUGGCUGUCUGGCGUUGGCGGAACUGGGCAGGAGAGGCCUGCUGCUCCCUUCUCGACUGGAAGACGUUGUCCCCGUGAUCCUGAAGGCGCUGACCUAUGAGGAGAAGCGGGGCUCCUGCAGCGUGGGCACUAACGUCAGGGACGCCGCCUGCUACGUGUGCUGGGCCUUCGCGCGUGCCUAUGAGCCCCGGGAGCUGCAGCCCUUCGUGGCCGCCAUUUCCAGAGCUCUGGUGAUCGCCACUGUGUUCGACCGAAACAUCAACUGCAGAAGAGCGGCCUCUGCUGCUUUCCAGGAGAAUGUGGGAAGACAGGGCACCUUCCCUCACGGAAUCGAUAUUUUGACCGCAGCCGACUACUUUGCUGUUGGCAACAGAGCUAACUGCUUCUUGGUUAUAAGCACGUUUAUCGCCGGCUUCCCUGAGUACACGCAGCCGAUGAUAGACCACCUGGUGUCCAUGAAGAUCAACCACUGGGACGGGGUCAUCAGGGAGCUGUCUGCGAAGGCUCUGCACAACCUGGCCCAGCGAGCACCUGAGUACAGCGCCACUCACGUCCUCCCGCGCCUGCUGUCGAUGACGCAGAGUCUGGAUCUGCCCACACGGCACGGGGCUGUGCUUGCCUGUGCGGAGGUUACCCGAGGCCUGGACAGACUGGCGGCACAGGAGGACAGGCCUGUCACAGACUACCUGGGCGACGCGGCGGUGGACGGCCUGAAGCACAUUCACCAGCAGCUUUACGAGCGUCAGUUGUACAGGGGUCUCGGAGGAGAACUGAUGAGGCAAGCAGUGUGCGUUCUAAUAGAAAACUUGUCCCUUUCUAAAAUGCCCUUUAGAGGUGACGCCGUCAUCGACGGUUGGCAGUGGCUGAUAGAUGACACUCUGAGAAAUCUCCAUCUUAUUUCAACUUCUUCUAGACAACAGAUCAAGGAAGCAGCCGUCAGGGCCCUGGCCGCGCUCUGCUGCGAGUACUACACCCAGGAGGCCGGGGAGGCGGAUCCCGCUCGGCAGGAGGCGCUGAUCCGGCAGUAUCUCGAGGACCUGCAGAGCCCGGAGGAGAUGGCUCGCUGCGGCUUCUCGCUGGCUCUGGGCGCCCUCCCGCGCUGCCUCCUGAGAGGCCGGCUGCAGCAGGUGCUGGCAGGCCUGGGAGCCGUGACCCUCAUUCGUCCUGAGGAUGUGAGCUUUGCUGAAUCCAGGCGGGAUGCCUUGAAGGCCAUCUCGAGGGUUUGCCAGACAGUUGGCGUGAGAGCAGGAGGGGCCCCAGACGAGGUUGUGUGUGAAGCAAACGUCUCCCAGAUUUACCGCACGCUGCUGGACUGUCUGCACGACUACACCACUGACAGCCGCGGGGACGUGGGCGCAUGGGUCCGCGAGGCUGCUAUGACCAGUCUGAUGGACCUGACGCUCCUGCUGGGGAGGGAGCAGCCAGAGCUGAUUGAGGCCAGUGUCUGCCGGCAGGUCAUGUGCUGCGUGGCCCAGCAGGCGAGUGAGAAGAUCGACCGGGUCCGCGCGCACGCCGCCCGCGUGUUCAUGGCGCUGCUGCACGCCGCCGGCCCCCCGGUGCCCCACGUGCCCCACCGAGAGGAGCUGGAAGAGCUGUUCCCCAGGUGCGACACGGACGCCGUGAACUGGAACGCGCCGUCCCAGGCCUUCCCGCGCUUCACCCGGCUGCUGGGGCUUCCCGCCUACCGCUACCACGUCCUGCGGGGGCUGGCUGUGUCCAUGGGCGGCCUGACGGAGUCCACGGUCAGGUACUCGACGCAGAGCCUCUUCGAGUACAUGAAGGGCAUCCAGACCGACCUGCAGGCUCUGGAGGGCUUCGGCGGGACCCUCCUGCAGGUCUUCGAGGACAACCUUCUGAAUGACAGGGUGUCUGUGCCGCUGCUCAAGGCUCUGGACCAGAUGCUGGCCAAUGGCUGCUUCGACCUCUUCGCCGCGGAGCAGAACCACCCCUUCGGUGUGAAGCUGCUUGCACUUUGUAAGGAGGAGAUCAAGAAGUCCAAGGACGUGCAGAAACUGCGGUCAAGCGUUGCUGUGUUCUGUGGGAUGGUGCAGUUCCCGGGCGACGUGAGGAAGAAGGCCCUCCUGCAGCUGUGCCUCCUGCUCUGCCACCCGUUCCCUGUGAUCCGGAAGACCACGGCUAGCCAGGUGUACGAGACGCUGCUCACCUACGGGGACAUCCUGCGCGAGGACGUCCUGGACGAGGUCAUGUCUGUGCUGGGCACCACCGCCUGGGACGCGGAGUUGCCCCUUGUCAGAGGCCAGCGGAACCGCCUGUGUGACCUCCUCGGCGUGCCCAGACCUCAGCUGGUCCCCAAGGUGCCGGGGCCCUGGCAGGCCUGUUCCGUGGAGAGGAGACCCUUGUGAAGACACCGAGGUGUGGUGGCUUUCCAGAUCAUGAGCGGUCUGAGGGACUUAUCCCCUGUCCCCCCCUGCCCCGCAUGGCUGCUGCUCUGCCGGCAGGGAGCGCUGGGGACCGUGCGGUGAGGAGGGCGGCACCAGGCACGGGCCUCUCCUUGCCGUCCUGCCAGCUUUUCAGUGUCGGAAUCGCACUGUUACGUCUGGAUGGUUUUCCUGCAUCCCCUCCAGUGCCACAGGGCGGGUGGCAAUGCCCACCCUUCUCGUGGGCGCCAGUGGGCUCCAUGAGGGGUGCAGACAGCUGGCCAAGCACAGCAUCAGCUUCCUAAGUAAAUAUGCUUUGUAUGCUUUUACUGGGAAAAUUUCCCACAACAGAUGA